CUCCUGGUUGAGGACCGCCUACUUUUCGAAGUUUCUAGUAGCAGGAGAGAAAGAGAGAGAGAAACCCACAACACAACAUUAGCAGUGUGGUGUGCGCUGCUCGCCAGACUGUUAUAAUGUUGGUCUCUUUGCGCUCAUAAAGCCAUGUUUGCAUUCAGAGCAGAAUUGUCUGUGUUUCUUGGUUCGAGAAGAAUAACUGGGUAAACUAGCACUACACUGGCGUUCAGACUGACAGGUGAUCAUGUUUGGGUGUUUAGUUGCAGGCAGAUUGGUCCAAACCGACGCCCAGCAGGUUGCUGGUGAUAAAUUUGUGUUCAACCUGCCUGACUAUGAGAAUGUUAACCACGUGGUGGUGUUUAUGCUGGGCACAGUGCCUUUCCCUGCUGGCAUGGGAGGUGCAGUUUACUUCUCCUUCCCUGAUCCGAGUGUGGGCCAGGUGUGGCAGCUGCUGGGCUUCAUCACCAACGAAAAGCCAAGUGCCAUCUUUAAAAUCUCUGGCCUGAAAGCUGGUGAAGGUGGAACCCAUCCGUUUGGGAUGAUGUCUGCCCCACAGGCUGCCUCAGUGGCUCAGGUUGGCGUUUCUGUUGAACCCCUUGACCAGCUCGCUCAACAGACACCAGUUUCCAAUGCAACCGUCUCCACCAUGGAUUCCUUCACACAGUUCACCCAGAAGAUGUUGGAGAGCCUGUACAACUUCACUUCCUCCUUUGCGCUGUCACAAGCGCAGAUGACGCCAAACCCCUCAGAAAUGUAUGUUCCAGCCAGCUCCAUCCUUAAAUGGUAUGAAAACUUCCAGAGACGAAUGGUGCAGAAUCCCAACUUCUGGAAGACAUGACAUGCUUUAUUGACCGAGCUCUUAAUUAACAGGGAAGCAGAAAAUUGUGAAUUCAUAUUAAUAUUUGGCCUGUCUUGAAACGCCUCACUUAAGAAAUAUGCCAAUCGAUAUAUCUCCUGUAUUUUCUAGCUCUUGUGGAACAGCAGACAAGUUAAUGCAGUAUUACUGCAAGUGUUUUAAUACAGUGGACACUGAUUGGUUGGAUGAGUUACAGAAUUUUCAUACUGAAUGACUUUAUUUUGUAGUUAUAAAAAUACAGUCCUUCACAUGUUGACCUAUGUAGGCUGGUGUUCUAGACAACAAAGGAUUUGAAUUUUUUUUUUUUUUAAAUUGCUUCAUGUCUGUAAUAAAGCUUCAAGAAGAAUA